ACACCUGUUUGUACACGUGUUAAUGUUAAUGACAUCUUAUCAAAUGGUUAUGAUUGAAAAACACUCAGUCAAAAUGUCGAGAAAUAACAGCAAGAUCACAUCCAAGGGUCAGCGUUAGUAGUGUAAUGUUUAGUACUUAGAAAAGAAACCAAAAACAAAAUUAAAUAAAUAAAUUUUAUUAUAAUGAACAUAUUGUUUAUAAUUUUUAUAUUAAUUAUCUCAUCUAUAAUCAUUAAAAUUUAUUUGAGACUAACGAUUGUUAAGUGUAAUAGUCAGAUGUGUCUAAUAGGAAAAACUGCUCUUAUUACCGGAGCGAAUACAGGCAUCGGUUAUGAGAUAGCAUUAGAUUUUGCAAAAAGAGGAGCACGAGUAAUUUUAGCUUGUCGAAAUGAACAAAAAGCAAACGAGGCAUGCAGGAAAAUUAUUAAUGGAACUGGAAAUGAAAAUGUGGUCGUGAAAUUAAUCGAUUUAAGUUCUUUUGCUUCAGUUAGAGCUUUUGUAGAAGAUGUAAAAAAAUCUGAAGACCAUUUAAACAUUUUAGUAAAUAAUGCAGCUGUUCUUGAAGUAGGUCUAAAUUCUUUAACUGAAGACGGUAACUUGUUAGUGAUGCAAGUCAAUUAUUUCUCUCCUUUUCUCUUAACUGUUCUUUUAACGGAUUUAAUGAGGAAAAGUAAGUCAAGUCGAAUAAUAAAUUUAACAUCUGUAAUGGCAAGAGUUGCUCACGGUUUUAAUGUCAAUAAAAUGGGUAACGCUGUGGGAACAUUGAACGAUUAUGGCAUUACAAAACUUUGUAUGAUAUUAUUUACAAUAGAAUUAGCCAGAAGAUUAGAUGAAAGAGAAAUCACUACCUAUUCUGCCGAUCCAGGAUUAGUAAAUACAGAAAUUUUUAAACAAACACCAUCAAACAUGCAUAAUCUGGCCAAAUUCUUUAAAAGGUUCUUUUUUAAGACACCAGAGGAAGGAGCUCAAACACCAAUCUAUUGUUCUGUGGCAAAAGGAAUCGAAAAAUUUAAUGGUGAAAACUUUGUAGACUGUCAAAAAAUUAAAAGAUAUACAAUAGUUGAGAGGCAACAGUCAAAACAAUGCUGGGAUAUUACUGAAAAAAUUGUAUCUUUGAAACCUAACGAAAUAUAUUUAAGUUAAUU